AUGUCGGCCAAAAUAGCAAAAACGAUUGCCCGACAGAAAGAAAAAAUCGCCGAAGGAAACUUCUACGAAGCCCACCAACAGCUACGAGUGAUCACAUCCCGCUAUCUCAAAGCCACCGACUACCCCUCGGCAUGCGACGUACUGUUCAAUGGCUCGCUACUCCUCCUGCGCGCCGGACAAGGCGGUUCGGGUGGGGAUCUGGCACUCAUGCUGUUGAACGAGGUCUACAUCAAAGGAGAAUGGCCAUGUGAUGAUCAGAACAAGAAGAGGUUGACCGAGAUACUACAUGCCUUCCCCAAAGAUGAACCCACCCGCAAGAGAUUCAUCACCGAGAUUGUGGGCUGGUCGAGUCGUUUUGGCGAGAUCGAGAGAGGCGAUCCAGACCUGCAUCAUGAAGCUGGUCGAUUAUACGCUGAAGAAGGAGAAGCCUACGACGCCGAACGGCACCUCGUCCUGGGCACAUCGCACUCACCCCCGAUCCUCGCCCGCCUGCACUACACCUGGUACAAAGAAGACGCACCACACCUGGCACCGCUCUACGCCUCACGCUCAGUGCUCCCCUACCUGAUCGUCGGCAAUCUCUCGUCGGCAACCCUAGCGCUCAGCACAUUCACGUCGCAACUAACGACGCAAAACCCGCAUCUGCUGGCCAUGUCGCAGCCGCUGGAAUCCGCCAAAUCCGGCCUCAGCCUCCGCAUCUUCCCGUCGAUCCCACUGCUGAACUUCCUCUCGCUGAUCGUGCUGGCGGCGCAGAAAGGCGACGCGGGCCUGUUCAAGCAGCUGGCCAAAUACUACGCGCCGCACCUGAAGGACGUCGAGGGCCUGUGGGGCGACGCCCUCGCGCAGAUCGGCGAGAUCUGGUUCGGCAUCAAGAUCCCCCGCCAGGGUGGCAAUCCCCUGUUCGACAUGAUGGGCAGUAUGUUGUUUGGCGGCCAGGGCGGUGCGAAGGGCGGUGCCGGCGGCAGUGGGAGCGGUAGUACGCCUCGGAGCGGCACGCCCAAACCUAUUGCGGCGCCGAAGAAGGACGUCGAGAAGCCCCCGACCAUGGAUCUGGAUUGA